CUCUGUAAGUGGUAGUUUUGUCACAUUGGGCUUCAAUUGUUGUAAAUUUAUCACUUAGUACUUCAUAUGUAGUACAUUUAUUAUUUGUGGUUUCAUUAACUGCGAAUUUCUCACUCAAAGCUGUUUCGUUUUUCUAACUUUGGGACAACCAUAACAAGCUAAACGGCGAACAUCACUUCGAUGUUUAAUUAAUAGAAAGUCCCUCAGCGAUAAAACCAUGUCAACAUAAUCUAAUUAACAUGUUCAUACGUACUUUCAUAAAAAAACCUUAUUUAACGUCAGUGGCUCAUUGUAGUUAAUGUUUUAGCGAAAGAUUUAAGGCUCCCCAUGUGGAGUUUGUGCGCGCAUUUCUGAUUCCGCUGGUCAUUGUGCUGCUAGGACACACGACUGUGCUGCGCUAAGUAUCCCGCGCUUUAAGAUAAAAGCGGGCUUUGGCUUUAGAAGUAAAAUACUUUUAAUUCUUAGGAAAAUACUGACAUAAAGUUACAUGUAUAAAAUAAACAUAGGGGAGACAUGGGUUCAAUGGCCUAACGUUGCCACGUAGGAAGUCAAACAUGGCGAAUGCGUGUAACAAUGCUUUAAUAGACAAUAAAUCAGUUAGGAGCAAAAGAGUGUGUGCUUAUGACAUUUGCUUGCCAUUGUAAUUCUUGUUCCAUUUAUAUGGCCCAAAUAUUUAUGAUAUGUAUAAUUUAUCAAGAGAAGGAAAGCUUUCUUAGCCUUUUUAAUCCAUACUUAAAUUUUAGGUUUGUUGUUCCACCGUUACAGAAAAAUGCAAGAAAUUUGAUUAAGCCAUUUCUGCUAAUCUAUCUCAAGAAAAUAAUUCCGGCUGAACACCGUGUGCUAAUUCGAAUACUUAAAACUCUACAACAAACACUCUAUUGUUCAUAAUGUCUUUUCAGCAUUUUUUCCUGUAUUGCAAUCAGUGAUAAAAAUAGCAUGCAUAUUUUCUAGACGUGGGGUUAUUGUAUACUUUAUAUCUGUUUCUAUAAUAUUUAUAACAUAUAAUAGAAUGUCCCAGUUUUUAGACAUGCAUACUUUUAUCAUUAAAUCUCUUUUAACAGUUGGAUAUCUAAGAAGAGGCCUUGUGAAAUGUUUUAUAAAAUAGUUAACAUACAAGAUAAAACAUUCGCCGUUGUGUUGACUUUGAGCGAACAGCGGUAUAAAUCUUCCGCGGCCAAGACAUCAACAUUUAAGGAAGCGAGGAUUUGAUUUUGUUAAUAAUUUGCUAUUAUUUACUUACAUCUGAACAAGGAAACUCGACAUAAAGUUUCAUAUUUUAAUUUUUAUUUUACACAAAAAAUUAUGUCUGGUAGCUUAACUGCAUUCGAUAUCAACAAAUUUCGCGAAGCUUUCCGAUUAUUUGAUACGAAAAAUAGCGGGAAAAUUAGCCAAUCUCAAUUGGCUGAAGUAUUAAGUAAAAUUGGUUAUAACGCAGAGGAUCAGGAAUUUAGAACACGCUUAAAUGAAAUCGACACGGAUGGUAACGGUGAAAUUGAUUUCGAAGAAUUUAUAAAAGUUGUCGUGGAAAGCGAUUCCAAGGAAGACGACACCUUAAAAACUGAAUUUCGUGUUUUUGACAUUAACAAUGAUGGCUUUAUAUCUCAACAAGAACUUAUUUCUGUUUUGAAUACACUUGGUAUGAAUCUUAAUGAAAAGCAAGUCAGUGAUAUGAUUCAAUGUAUAGAUAAAGAUGGAGAUGGCCGCAUUAACUACAAUGAGUUUCUGACGUUGAACAAGGUUUUUUUACGAAAGUAAGUGUGGACAUGUUAAUUAGAUUAUGCUUUUAUCGCCGGGAGUCUUUCUAUUAAUUUUAACAGAAGCUAAUAAUUAGCAAAAGAAAAGAUCAAUACCUUGUUUUUUUUAUUAUUUUUCUUUAUACAUUUUGUUUUUGUUUAUUUCCAUAUUAUUGUAAACUGUAAAUCUAGCUAAACAGAAGAACGCAAAACUCUCUCUUUCUUUAUAAGCAUAUCUCUAAAAAAAACAGCAGUUUUAUACUGAGGAGCUUUAAAAGUUGUCCAUGAAUCUCUUUAUAUUUUUGAAAAAUCUUUACUGAUGGUUAACGGUAUAUUUUUGUAUAAAUGUGCAUAAGAAACAUUCAUCUUGCAUUUUUAUAUUCAUACAGAACGAUUUUUAUACUUACCUAAAACUUCUCCUACUUGCUAUGCCCUUAAAUUUUAAUAUACUGCAAAUGAGAAUCAAAUAACACAAUUUUUAUUUGUUACCACAAAUUUUCGUUCAGAUAAAUUUAGUAACUAGUCUUUAUACCGCAUCACGUGCCUCUCGCUACUUGCGCAGCUAAGCUACCCAGACAGACGUAUACGGGUAUUAUAAUAUAAAUAUCAUGUCUUAUUUUAUAUGUUAUUCUCACACUGUAGAUCUUAUCAAAAUCAGCAAAUAAAUAAAUAUAUAUUAUGUAAGACUAUAUAUGUUUUCUAAGUCUUUUGGCUUUGGCCUCUUAAUUUAGAAGACAUGAAAAGAUAAUGCCUAAUACCUAUUGCAUUAAGCCCACACUGUGAAAAUCCUUAAAUGCCAAUUAACGUUCUUAUUAAUAGCUAAUGUCACUUAUUAUUUGUCUCAUGUUGUUUUUGAGAGUGGUGAAUGCAAGCCACGCGACGUGAUACUAAUAUUGCUACGUAUGUCAAAGCUUUGUGUG